CUUCCGGAGAUGACGUAGGCGGCUGCCUCGGCCUAUGGCCGCGGAGCCGGCCGGCCGGCGGGGAUAGGCGGAAGUGGGGUGGGCGAGGGAGCCCGCAGUGCGGAGCAGCGGCGCGGCGCGGGGCGGGGGACGCGGGCCGGGCUGUGGCCUUGGCUUCUUCUGCCUCCGGGGCCAGCAUGAUGACGCGCUUCGCUCUGACCGUUGUCCGACAUGGAGAAACAAGAUUUAACAAGGAGAAAAUAAUUCAAGGACAAGGAGUAGAUGAGCCUCUUUCAGAAACUGGAUUUAAACAAGCAGCCGCUGCUGGUGUAUUUCUUACUAAUGUGCAGUUUACUCAUGUUUUCUCCAGUGACCUCACCAGGACAAAGCAGACCACGUGUGGGAUUUUGGAGAAGAGCAAAUUUUGCAAAGAUAUGACAGUAAAGUAUGAUUCAAGACUUCGAGAAAGGAAAUACGGAGUUGCAGAAGGCAGGGCGCUGGGUGAGAUGAGAGCGAUGGCCAAAGCAGCUGGAGAAGAAUGCCCUGUAUUCACACCAUCCGGAGGAGAGACCUUAGACCAGGUGAAAAUGCGUGGAAAAGACUUUUUUGAAUUUCUUUGUCAACUGAUCUUGAAAGAGACGGGUCAGAAAGGACAGUUUUCACAAGGAGCUCCAAGCAACUCCCUGGAAACUUCUUUGGCAAAGAUAUUUCCUUUAGGAAAACACUGCUUCUCCGAAUUUAAUUCAGACGGCGGUGCUCCAGGAUUAGCAGCCAGUGUCUUAGUUGUGAGUCACGGCGCUUACAUGAGAAGCCUGUUUGGUUAUUUUCUGACUGACCUUAAGUGUUCCUUACCAGCAAGUCUGAGCAAAUCUGAACUGUCAGCCAGCCCCAAUACGGGCAUUAGUGUCUUUAUCGUAAACUUUGAGAAAGGAAGAGAAGCUCAACCAACAGUUCAGUGUGUUUGUAUGAACCUGCAGGAACAUCUCAACAGAGUGACUGAAAUGUGCUAAAUUUAAAUCUAUGUCAAAAUCUAACGAUUUUGAGCCUCUGAGGGAGUGCCUUUGACUCUGUUUCCAUCCUCUGCUAGUGCUGAUUUGGAAACAAUUAAAAAGCCGUCUAGCAUGGCAUGUUAUAAAGCUCGAAUGGAAUCAUAGCCACAAAAAACACUAAUGGGAAACCAUUUAGAAUUGACUUAUUUUGUCUGAGUACAGCUGGCAUUUCCCAGAGUAAUUUUACCACCAUGCUUGGUUACUUCUCUGGCUUAUAAAUGGAUGGAGGAACUCAUUAUUGCAAAUUGAGGGAUUCAUAACAUUGUUAGUUUUUUUUUUUCCUUUUUUAUGUUGAUAUUUUUCUUUCAAGUCUGAAAAAUCUAGCCUAUUUUAUUGGCUCUUGGUAGGAUACUGUAUAUUUGUUACUAUCUCAUCCAGUGCUUGGAAGAAGGAACUAUUUAUAAUUCCCACUGCAUAUUUAUAGUGACAAUAUGUUAUAUUUAAAAAGUCCUUUAAAUGAAAAAUGCUUACCAUCAUAAAUUUAUGUAAAAGAAAAAUGACACUAAAAUGUUUAAUAUAGAAAUCGACUGUUGGGAUUUGUUACUCUGGAGGGUUUGAAAUGUGGAUGAAUACAGAUUAUGAUUGCAGAAUGGUCUCAUGAAGAAGUUAAAGCCUCAUUUGAUUAAAAACCAUGAAAGAAGGAAUGCAAGUGGGAGAAAAUGAAAGAGCAGAUCUUUCUUAUCUAACCUGUAGGCUGAAGAAUUUAAUUUGAGGAAGGCUCUAAAGAAAGUGAACAGUUACUAGGGUAUCACACAGUAACCCCAGAACGAGAGAGGAUGCUUCCUUGAAAAGAGUGGUGCCCUGGGAACCACGACUGUGGGUGUUUGUGGAAGGUACAAAUGAGGUUGCCUCUGUUUUCCACCAGAUGGCACUGGAGAAAAGGAUUUUGGUUCACUUAAUUUUGUACCCAAGAUUGGUCCCUCAGAAAUCCUCAUCUAAAUGAAGGAAGUGUUUUACAUGUGGUUUGCUUUUAAGUUAUCAUGUUGCUGAUGCUGUGAGUCUCAACUUAGAAGAGGAGUAAUUCUAAAGUUUGUCAGUUAAGGCUAAAAUCAUGUAUAGUCAAAAUUUACUUUGAGCAUCGUUUAAAUCAAGUAUAAACUUCAGUAUUAUGCUCUUCUCAGUGUCCAGUGCCACCAGUUUUCCUACCACUAUUGGAACAGAGCAAGUAGUUUGAGCAUCAAGGGAAGUAUGCUGCAAAAGAAAACUUGAAAAGUUACUGAAAAGGACAAAUAAUGAUAAAUAUCCGCAUUCCCACCAUCCAGAAGUAAUAACUUUCCCCCCUCUUUUUUUUU